GCAGACUUUAUUUGUUUGCGUGUUUUAGUCCUGGAUAGGUUUUGGACUAAUAACUUGUCGAUUUCAAUUGGCAAGUUGAUACACUUGAGAUAUCUUGACAUUUCAGAAUGUUCUGUAAACAAGCUUUUUCAAGAAUCUAUUCCUCUACUUUAUAAUUUACAAACGCUGAAGCUCGAAAAUAUAAAAAGUGGUCUGUCGAAGAAUUUGAGAAAAUUGAUUAAUUUGAGACAUUUAGAAUUUUACAGAAUUCAUGAUAUCCAACAAAUACCUUCACAUAUAGGCAAGUUGAUUCAUCUUCAAACAUUAUCUGAGUUUGCAGUUGGGAUUGAGAAAGGUUGUAAAAUAGAAGAACUUGGACCCUUGAAAAACCUCAAAGGUGCACUAAAUCUUACAAAUCUUGAGAAAGUGCAAAGUAAAGAGGAAGCUAGGGCUGCAAAAUUGGUUGAAAAGAAGAAUUUACAUCAUCUAUUAUUUCAUUGGACUUUCUUUUAUAAAGAAGGUGAAUAUGACAAAUACAAUAAGGUACAAGUGUUGGAAGGACUUCAACCCCACAAAAAUCUUCAAUCAUUGAAUAUUAGUGGCUUUAGAGGGGAAGUUUUGCCUAAUAGUACUUUUGUUGAAAAUUUAGUUGACAUACAUUUAUUUAAUUGUAAAAGAUGUGAAGUGCUUCCAAUGCUUGGUCAAUUGCCCAACUUAAAGAAACUUGAAAUUUCUUUACUGGACAGUUUGAGAAGCAUAGGGAAUGAAUUCUAUGGCAUUGACUCCAACCAAAGAAAUUAUUUUGCUUUUCCCCAAUUGAAGAAAUUUUAUAUUGAUGGGAUGAAGAAUCUAGAGAAAUGGGAUGAAUUGAUCACUCCAAAUCUCUUUGGAUCUCUUAAAAAUUUUAGUAUUCUUGGAUGUGAUAAAUUGACAAAAUUGCCAGGUGGGAUAGAAAGUUGCCAAUCCAUUGAGUAUUUGAGCAUACAUCAGUGUCCUAAUUUGAUGCUAAAUGUACAAAAUUUGCACAACUUAUACCGUUUAGACAUUAAUGGAAUGAAAAGAUUGCCCGAGGGAUUAGGUGGCCUCACUAACUUGAAAGAAUUGGUAAUAAGUGGACGCAUGCAGAAUUAUGAGUCAAGUGAUAAUGCAGCAACCCAACUUCCCCAACAACUUCAGCACCUCACUAACUUGGAAGUUUUAAUGAUUGCAGAUUUUGAUAGCAUUGAAGCUCUACCAGAAUGGUUAGGAAACCUUACAUCUUUGAGAACAUUGAGUUUCCUUGAUUGCAAAAAUUUGAAAGAAUUACCUUCAAGAGAGGCCAUGUUAUGCCUAACCAAAUUAGAUGACUUGUUGGUGUUUAGAUGUCCAAAACUUCUAGUCGGGGAGGGCGACCAGGAAGGGCCUAAACUUUCCCAUCUUCCAACAAAGUGUGUUUGUAAAAUGUAGUUCCCCUUGUGUUCUUCUUCUACUUCUUUUUUUUAGGGCAAAUUGCAACUUUAAUAAAUAAAAAUUAAAAAUUGGGCGUGUU